UUUCAAUGCAUAAUCUGUUAUAAUCUAUGUUCGACAGUUACGUCAAAAGUGUUAGUGAAAUCAUUGUGAAUUAUUUUGGAUUUUCUAGAAUUAAUACAUUUGCUGAGAACGAAGGUAAUGCAAUGAGACAGCGUUUCAAAUAAUGACUAUAACCAUGAAAGAACAAGACCAGAUGCCUGGGGAGAUGGCAUUCCCUGAGGCGAAAUUAAAGGCACUGGAAGACAAACUUUCACAUCCCCGUUGGGUUGUACCAGUGCUGCCAGAACAAGAAUUGGAAGCUCUUCUAGUCGCUGCAACAGAACUAGCUGCAAAAGGAGAAGAUGUACACAAUGCGGCGUGUCAGAAAUUUUACACUGAUGCUCUCACAAUAUCUUUUACAAAGAUAUUAACAGAUGAUGCAGUAUCAUCGUGGAAAAAUAAUAUACAACAGUGUGUAAGAUCCAACUGUGAGAAGCUAGUCAAGUUGUGUGCUCUUAAACUUGAUGAUCCCAGAUUUUUGCAUCUAUUGACUAUGACAUUAAACCCCAGUAACAAGUUUCAUAUGUUCAAUGCAUCGCGAACGAGCGAGGGCCUUUCGGUGACAUCAAAUACCACUGGUACAGGUCAAGGGCCUUCUCAAGACAUAGAAAUUUUUGCUAGGUCUCAUGAUCAUCGUACUCCUAGGGGGUGGCUGGUCCAUCUAAUUAAUGUGUUUGGUCAAGCAGGCGGCUUUGUGAAAUUAAGGGAGAGGUUUGAAGAGAUAAUGGGUUUUCAAAAGUCUGAUCUCAAUUCAUCUAUGAAUACAGAAGAAAAGGUAUUGUCUGAGAUGAUGGAAAAAGAAAGUGAUGAGAGCAAGACAUCUAACACCAAUUGUAUUGAACCAGUUCUUGUUAUUGGGGAAAACAGUGAUUCAAUGACACAGUCUCGUAACGACCAACCUUCAUCAUUAGAACAGUCUACAACUGAAACAAGAGUCACAGAGGUCUGGCAUUUAUUACGCCCUCUUGGUGUCUGUCAUGAUCUUCUCACUGCACAUACUGUUACAACAUACUUAUUACCUGUGCUUGAAUGCAUACCAACGUUGUUAGAAAGUUUAUCCGACGAAGAAUUGAAGAAGGAAGCGCGAGGUAGUGAAAAUAAGACUGAUACCGUUUCCUGUUUGAUUAGGGCUUGUAAAUAUGUUUCUGCAAAAACACCACAACAUCAUAGUCUUCUUAAGUCUCUUGAAAUGUUUCGAUUGAAAAUGAUAUUGAGGUUAUUACAAAUGUCCUCAUUUAAUGGCAAAAUGUCAGCACUGAAUGAAAUUAAUCAACUUAUAAGUACUUUUUCACAACAACCAAAACCAGAGUGGCUCACACCUGCUGUCAUAACGAAUUGGAUUCGUGAGAACAAAGUAGUGGACAUUGUGCUUCGUGAUUCACUUCAUCAACCUCAAUAUGUGGACAGAUUAGAGAAAAUGCUAAGGUUUAUGAUCAAAGAAAAUUCGUUAACCACAGAAGACUUGGACGCUAUUUGGAAGGCGCAGCACGGGAAACAUGAAGCUAUCGUGAAAAACCUGCACGAUUUACUGUCGAAGUUAGCGUGGGAUUUUACCCCUGACCAAUUAGACCAUCUUUUCGACUGUUUUAAGGCUAGUUGGGCUUCAUCAAGUAAAAAACAAAGUGACAAAUUGUUAGAGGUAAUAAGAAGGCUUGCUGAAGAUGAUAAAGAUGGAGUAAUGGCGAACAAGGUUUUAGUACUUUUUUGGAACUUGGCACACUCCGAUGAGGUAUGCACAGAAAUAAUUGACGUGGCCCUUGCUAAUCUAAUCAAAAUACUCGACUACAGUUGUAGUCAAGAUCGCGAUGCACAGAAAACUCUGUGGCUAAAUAAGUGCGUAGAAGAGUUAAAAACAAACGAAAAAUGGGUGCUUCCUGCGCUUAAGAUGAUGAAAGAAAUCUGUUGUUUAUACGAAGCGGGCGGAGGUACGGGCGUGCGACCUAAUCUUACGAGACAGGAACUGAUCGACCGGCUACAAACACAGCACUCCCUUGUCAUAUUGGUUACAAACUCUCUUACAAGUUAUAUGGAUGGAGUUCGUAAUAAACUUGCAGUUGAUGGUGUUAUCGAUUGGGAGAAUUGGUUACCCGAUGGAAGAUAUCCACACGCAGCUCAGGUUCAUGAACGACUUAGUUUUUUGCGGUUCUUAUUGAAAGAUGGUCAAUUGUGGCUUUGUGCUGAACAGGCAAAACAGAUUUGGGUAUGUUUAGCGGAAAGGCCAGCGCACCUUGGAGACCGUGAAGCCUGUUUUCGAUGGUUCAGUAAACUCAUGGGAGAGGAACCUGAUUUGGAUCCAAAUAUCAACUUGCAUUUUUUUCGACGUAACAUUAUGACUUUACCGCCUAAUUUAUUAACCCAUGCCGGUAUUAAAUGUUUUGAGAGGUUUUUUAAAGCUGUGAAUGCCAAAGAAGGUAAACUUAGGAUUAAACGUAGAAGUUUUCAACUCAACGACGCUGAUCUCAUAGGAAUAGAUUAUUUAUGGAGAGUGAUAACGGAAUGCGACGACGACAUAUCGGCGCGCGGCAUAGAGCUGUUGCGGGAAGUGUGCACGUGCGUGGGGCCGCAGCUGUCGCCGGCGAUGCACCACGAGUCAUUCCUAACGCAGUGCUGCGCACGAACGCAACGGCUCCAACGGGAAAUGGAACAGCAAGAAGAUAAUCCCGAAGUUUGUACAAAAAUGUGUAGAAUAAUUCGUGCCAUACAAGAAUACAUUAAUGAAUGUGACAGAAGGUUUUCGUCGGAGCGACAAAUACUGCCUAUCUACAGAGCCGGUCGCGGAAGACAAUGUACAAUAAUAGUAAGAUUUAACUUUCAAACUGGCCAAAGACAAAUUGAAGAUAUAGAAUUAUUUUCGCAUUCUAACGAAACAUUGCAUUCUUUACGAGCAUCGAUCCAAAGAAGAUUAAAAUGUGCCUCGGAUAGUACCAUUAAAUUAGAACUAUAUGUUAACAAAUUAGAAUUGUUUGUAAAUGGUGAACUGUUGGAUUCUAGUCACGAUAAGAAAAUACUUUCACAGAUACCUCUCCGUGAUAAAACUUUGAUCGUCGCUAAGGUUUAUGAUGGACAAGUGUGUGGUAGCGGCGGAUGCGGUUCCUCGAAUGAAUCCAGUAGUGAUUCUAGCACAUCUUCGCCGCCACUUUCACCUACUCCUGAAAACGCUUUACCUGGAGUUCUGUUUGCGCAAGGCUCGUGGUACUUACCAUUUAUAUUAGAAUUGGAACAUGUUGGCAUUACGAAGUUGCAUGGACCAUUGACUGAAGCGGCACAUCUGCUAUCACAAAUUUGUCCUGCACAUAAACUAACAAUGGAGAAAUUAACAGAAGCAUUGUUAUGUAGGGACGACACGAAACUCAGAGAUAUGCUUUAUGGACCAUCACCACCGACUGUAGCUUACAAUAUAGAGGUAUUGUACAGCAUGGUGAUGCCGUCGUCAGACACGAGACUAGAACGCAGCCGGAAUUACCAGCUGGCCUGUGUAAAGAAGGCUCCGCUACUGGUAAAAUGCCUUUCUGACAAGGAUUUUUUAAAAGAUGCUGCUCCCCACACCAGAAGGGUAGGUUAUUUAGCCUUAGUGAGACUGGCGAAGUUAAUUUUGUACACCUUGGGAUAUUUAUUUGAAAUAUUGGCGCCAGAUGGAUCUGAUGUUUCGGUGGACAAAGAUUUUAGAAUGGAUCUUACUAUUUUAAGGGAGGCUCUCACCACUAUACCAAAUCACAGUUGUGAAAUGAUCGUGAAAGCAGUAGCGGAAAAGUUAGCGAAUUCAUUAGGAGAACAGGUUGUGAUCGCCGGAGAAGAGAGUGACUCCGUAUCGUCACUAGUGUGGUGGCGCGUCCCUACGAUGGCGACGGUCCGGGCAUUGUUUGCACUCGGAUACUCUGUGGCGCAGCCUGUCGAGAUGACUAGCAUUGUACACCCCGACGACGUUACCUUGGUCCGAGAAUGUAUGGAAGUGGUGACUAUAUGCAUGGCGCUUGGCGGCGGAAGACUGGAUAUGUUGCUUAACGAACCUUGGUGGCAGGAUACCGCUCUUUACUUAAUGAUCGAUUGCCCAAAUCCACAAGUGCGCGUGUCGUGCGCGGAGCAGCUGCUGGCGAUGUGUGCGUGGGGCGGCGGGGGCGGGGCGCGCAGCGUGCUGGCGGCGCUGGCCGGCACCGCGCUGCGCCUGCACCGGCACGCCGCGCACGCUAUGCAGUUUCUGCAACUUCUCUGCCGUCUCGUCGCGCUCGCUGGACCCACCGAUCGUACACUCGAAGACCUCGCGCUCGAGGUGGAUUGGCUUCGAACCGCGAAAACUAACCCCGACACCUUGGACGACACUCUUCUCGAAGGACACCUUAAUUUGACGAAAGAAUUAUUUGCUCAUGUCCCGGCACAGGUCAAAUACCAAUAUGGAGCUCAUCCGGACCAUAAAGACUCUGGACUUAUUAAAGAAAUAACGACGGAAUUUUUGUGGCCGUACUCAUGGGCUUGGCACGUGAAUGGCAGCGGGAAUGGUGGUGGCGGUGUAGGCGGGAGCGCGUCGGACUGCAGGCGCGAGCCGCCGGCGCCGCUGUGUCGCACGCCGGGGGCCGCCGCCGCCGCCGCCGACCUGCUGCUUGCGCUCGUACACGGCUGCGUUCUCAACAUGGCCGCGCUUGCACGACUGUUAGAACAAAUGUUCUAUAGUGACAAGACAAUGCCAUUAGCUGAAUGGGAAUACAUGCCUUGCGUGGGCCCACGGCCGCCUGCUGGACUUGUGGGGUUAAAAAAUGCUGGAGCGACGUGUUACAUGAAUUCUGUGCUGCAGCAGCUAUACUGUGUCCGAGCUGUCAGAGAUACCAUACUCACUGUGCAAGGAGCAGCAACAGAUCCCAACGAAGAUUUUUCUGGAGAAAGUCACCAUCACAGUAUUUUAGAAAAUAAUAUAGAGAAUAAUACUGACUAUAACAUCACAAUAUUGAAACAAGUACAGGCGAUAUUUGCACAUUUACAUUGCAGCAAACUGCAAUACUAUGUUCCAAGAGGAUUAUGGGCCCAUUUUAGGUUACAGGGCGAACCGGUAAACUUGCGUGAACAGCAGGAUGCAGUUGAAUUUUUCAUGUCGUUGGUCGAGUCGUUAGAUGAAGCUCUGAAGUCUUUGGGACAGGAUCAAUUGAUGGCAAAAACGAUGGGAGGAACUUACUCUGAUCAAAAGAUCUGCAAAGGCUGUCCGCAUAGAUACUGUAAGGAAGAGCCGUUCAGUGUUGUGUCUUUAGAUAUUAGAAAUAUGUCACGUCUCCAAGAAUCAUUAGAAGCUUAUGUCCGUGGUGAACUGUUAGAAGGUGCUGAUGCUUAUCACUGUGAUAAAUGCAAUAAAAAGGUGGUGACAGUGAAAAGGUUAUGUCUGAACAAACUGCCCCCAGUAUUAGUUAUACAAUUGAAAAGAUUUGAAUAUGAUUUCGAAAAAGUGUGUGCAAUAAAAUUCAAUGACUAUUUUGAAUUCCCGAGAGACUUGGACGUCGAACCUUAUACAGCGUGGGGCCUAGCACGAGCGGAAGGUGACUCGACUCUAUGGGAGGGGGGCGAGGAGCGGACGCCUGAAACAAAUUAUCAACUCAGCGGGAUCGUUGUACACUCCGGCCAGGCUUCCGGUGGGCACUAUUAUUCAUACGUGCUCUUAAGGGAUAACGGAAGCGAAACUGGCCGUUGGGUAAAAUUAGACGAUGGCGAUGUAUCGGAGUGUGCAAUGCACGAUGAUGAAGAAAUGAAGGCGCAAUGCUUUGGUGGUGAAUAUAUGGGAGAGGUUUACGAUCCAAUGUUGAAAAGGAUUUCAUAUAAACGACAAAAACGAUGGUGGAAUGCCUACAUGCUAUUUUAUACCAGGAAGGAUACUAUAGAAACAGUCGGUCUCGAGCAAUCAAUGCGUAAUCUAACACUCAAUUGUGAUAUUAAUUAUAGGGAAAGUGCCAUACCUCAGCCGAUUUGGAUGUCAGUACGUCGAAGCAAUAUUGCAUUCUCCCAUAAUCAAGAUCAAUUUAGUCUCGAACAUUUCAAUUUUAUGAAAAAAUUGUGUUGUAUGAGAUUACAACUGACACAUGGUUGUGUACAACAAAGUACUGUUUGGGGGCCUGAACAAGAGGAAAUGUCAAUGCUAGCGGUACAAUUGGCAACUCGGUUUUUAUUCCAAGUGGGAUUUCGAACAAAGAAAACAUUGCGAGGACCUGCGGCUGACUGGCACGAAAUUCUAUGUCAACAUCUGAGGUGUUCAUCGGCGAUUAGAGCGUGGUUCGGGACUGAAAUAUUUAGAUAUCCACAUAGAAUAUGUGAUUAUUUGUUAUCAUGCCCUACAGCGGAAAUCAGAAUAGUUUUUAUGAAGAUUAUAGUUUUCCUAGCACAUUUUUCAAUUGAAGAUCCACCAGUGAGUAACGGCUACGGCUCGUGGUGCACGCGCGAGGAGGCGCUCUCUCUGUCGGACCAGCUCGUGUGCAGCGUGCGGGCGCUCACCGCCCCGCACCCCGAUGCACACGGCUCGCGACACUUGCCGCUGCUUUAUAACCUCUUCCUCACCUACGCCAACCUGGGACUCACGGAGAAACUACAACUACUCCGGUUAAAAAUCUUGGACAUCAUUCUCUCGGCCUGUAUAGAUGAUACAUCGUCCGGAGGAAAAUACCAGUAUCCAGAAUCUGCUAAAGUACACCAGGUGGUGUGCGCUCUGCUGCGGUGCUGCGACGUUAGCGGGCGGUGUCAGUCGGCGGCGGAGGGCGCGGCGCCGUUGCCCAACCCGUACGCCGAGCCGCCGCACGUGGCGCCCGCCGACCGACAUGUCAUGUCACCCCUCGUUGCCGACAUACUCUACAACAGAUCCGGGACGUACAUGAAGAAACUGACAGAGGAGUGUUGCGGCUGCGAGGAAGGCAUCCGUAUACUACAGUUUCUGUGCUGGGAAAACGCGGGCUGGUCUCGGCUGGCUCUGUCCGAGCUGUUGUGGCAGAUGGCGUACGCGUACUGCCACGAGCUGCGGCGCCACGCCGACGCGCUCACCGCGCUGCUGCUCAUGGAGGACAGCUGGCAACAGCGACGCAUACAUAACGUUAUCAAGGGUGUGUCUGAGGAGAGGCCGGGACUGCUGGAGACGGCGGCCCGCUCGCGCGGACACUACCAGAAGCGUGCGUACGCGUGCGUGAAGCUCGUGGUAGGCGUCAUGUGCCGCACGCCGCUCGCAGUGCGCGCCGUGCACACGCAGGCCGACGCGCGGCGCCGCUGGAGGCAGCUGCUCGCCUGGCUGCAGGACGAACUCGAUCGCAAGUACGGUCCAGGAUACGGGUCAUACGGCACGUGGUCUCCGCCAGGAACCUCAAAUGAAACGUCCAGCGGAUACUUCCUCGAACGCAGUAACUCUGCGAGGAAAACUCUAGAAAAAGCAUAUCAGCUGUGUCCGGACGAAGAUGAGGAAGAAGAAGAAGAAGGUCGGGAGGUUGCCGAAGGCUCCGGGUCGGGCGAGCCUGGCGAGGACAGCGGCGACGAGGACGAACCACCAGACGACGAGCCCCGACGUCUGCAGCCCCACGCGCUCUCCGGAGUCUGAAUGUGCUCGCUCUAAAUGCACUUAUCACGUGUCCACCGUGUGUGACUGUUUGCCUGCAUGUCCUGCGGACUGACCCGGAGCUGCUGUGUGAGAAUGAAAUUCGCCGAGUUUUUGUUAGAGAUACGGUGUCGGCCCCGAGGGCUUGAUGUUGUUGCGUGAGGACUCGACAGUCUCGGCUUUAUUGCACUUUGUAUUCUGUGAUGUAAGCCCGCACGCCUCCAUCCCGACGGGAAUGCGUUUUAGUCCCUCAUAGAACUUAAUUUCGCUUUAAAAGUAAAUAUUUUAUUAAUUUCUAUGGGAACGUUCCAUGAGAGCUUUUUCGAAAUAGAAUAAUUUAAAUUUGGUUCCUUCAAAAGUUUGUAUCGUUAAAAGAUUAAUUCUAAAACAUUAAUGGGAAAUCAUUGGACAUGGAACGUUAUAAUUUUAAAAGUAUUAUUUAUUACAUUAGAGUACAACAGGUGAUUUUGCAUUUUUUUGAAAAUUUUGUUACUAAAUUUGUACAUGACCACAUUAUUGAUAUUUGUCAAAGGCUUACAGAAUUCAUUAUAUGAAAAGGUUAGUCAGUUUUAAUGGUCAUAAUAUUAAGCUAUUUCGUUGUACAUUUAAAUUAGAAACGAAUAUUAGUUUAAAUAAGUUGAUCGUCAAUUGUAUACAGUCUUUAAAACUUUGCUUUUGCGUAAUACUAUACCUUUUUUUUUACUAUUUCACUGAAUAUAUUUACCUACUAUUUUAUUAAACUGGAAAUAAAACAUCACCAAACUCUACACAAUAGCUCCGUAACAGAUAAUUUUUUUAUUAAUAAUAUAGAACACCGUCUGUAAAUAUGAGAAAAACCGAGGUCAUGUGCAUUUUAUUCUGGCCUAAUAAAAAAAGGAAAAACGUUUUUGUUUAAUAUGUAACGAAAUUUUAGUCUGUAAUUUGAAUAAAAAAAUGUGAAAAUAGAUAUAGGGUGAUGAAACUGCUAGUCUAACAGGAAAUUGUUGCCACUAUAUCAAUGUUCUGCUUUGUAUGAUAAUGUGUUAUUUAUUUUUAUAUUUCACGUUGUAUAAAUGUUCUCUUUUAAUUUAAUUUAGAUUUAAUGUUCGAGCUACCAGGCUGUAAACUGUGUUAAUAUUUAUCACACAACCAAUCACCAUUGUAAUAUAAAUGUUAAAUUGUAAUCUUUUCAUUUCAUACAAAUUAUUGUUUAACGUAUUUUUUUAUUUGUACCACCGUUGUAUAUAAGAGUAUCUUUUAUCAUUUUCAAAGCACUAAAAAUCGAUUGGACCAUUAUUAUUCUCGUUGUAGUGGCUGCGUGAAUCGAGUGCCUUAAUUUAUUUUUAUUUGCUCAAUGCUUGCACUUUAAAGUCUAACAAUGCUUUUAUUUUGACGAAACUGAUAGAUUGGUACUAAUUAAUUUUGACUAAGUGUAGUUUCAAUAAAUUAUCAAUACUUGUCUAACUACGUACGGUUAAUCCACUAAAUGCUUAUCAUUAUAUUCGAUUAAAAUUAUACAAAUGAGUCGGACAGCCCCAUACAUCACGUUGGAGCCGGUAUCCAUUCGUAUAGAAUAUUAAUGAAAUCUAUUAGAAUAAUAUUAGUGAAGACUGUCACCAUUUUCAUUUGAACUUAGAUGCUGUGGGUAACUAACUAGAUGGAAUACAUUCUUAUGAUUGAAUUUUACGAACAGUGUCAUAAAAUACAGGAUUAUCUUUACCAUUCGUGGGUUGACAAUGUUUUGAAUAACAUUGUCCCCACUUUAUACGGAAAAAUCGUAGGAAAUUCUUAGUGUUUAUUGUCGACAGCGCUAGUGGAGUGGUAACAAAAAUUCGAUUGCAACAUCUUUUGUAAACAAAAGACUCGCUACGUUUUAUAAAGUUUUUUUUUUACUUUUCUUAAACCAAUUUACGUUGUAACUUGGUGAAUGAUAACAUAAAGAAGGCGCGUUAUAGUUAUUGUGCAUUAAAGGUGUCGUAGAAAGGUCUAGUAGUUAAUAUAAAAAUCACUGUACCUUGAUGUCCGAGGUCAUACGUGUAUAAUAAACACAAAACGUGUGUGAUGCGACUGCUGUGUAUUAAAAAACUAUUAUAGAUAUUAUUUGUGAAAAAUAGCAAAGUUUGUAAACAGACACUAUGAAUUAAAUUCCAAUUGAGAAGAAAUUACGUUCACAUUUGUAACACGUGGUGGCAAGCUAACGGGGACUGCACUCCAACGAUCACUGUGGAUAAAUAAAUGAUAGAUCGAUACUAAUUGGUUUCGUCUAAAUUUGUUUAGAUCGCAUCAUUUUAAUUCGCGUAUAUAUAUAAAUAUAUAUACACGCUUUAUUUACUAUAUGAUUAUUAAGUUCGAAGUGCAGACCGUUAGAGUGAUAUAUAGACAUCUCAAAGUUUAAAGUGAAAUUACAACUAAACUAUCUAAUGUAGGAUUACUAUCAAGUUCAACGAUAUUUAAUUAAAUUUUAAAUCACGAUCAAAUUUCAAAUUGCGGAUUGUCCAAUAAUGUACUCUGAAACUUGCAAUGCAACUUGGCUGUGUGUAGUUUGUCGUACAGUUUGAAGAUUUGGCAAACUUAGAUAAAACAUUUGUAUCGGUCUGUAUUACAGCCGAAGUCAAAAUUAUGGCAAUACAACAGUGUUUUAGGGGUACGUAUUUAUUCUAUGCUUUAACCAUUAACAGGCGUAAUCGCUAUUUGUAUUUUUUAUAGGAUACUUAACAUAGUAGUAACUAUGAGUGAAAAACUGGGCGGUAAAUGCUUACUGUUGUUGAUGUUAUUACCAAAGAUGGCGCUCUAGACAAGGGUGUUAGGUGACCCUUUUUUUUAAAUAGCUUAAUGAAUUAAAUGGAGUAUCUUUUAUAAAAGCAAGUUUAUAAUGUUAUGUUGAGUGGAGAUGUAAUGUGAUUGAAUUUAGAUUUAGUAGAAGUAUAAUGACGAAUGGUAUUUUCAAAUAAAAUCCACCGCUUAAACUAGUUGGUAUACAUAAUAGGCUAUCAUUCAUGUAACGAAUACAAGCAAAAUCAUCUGCAUGCCGAAUGCGUAUAAGUAUGUAAAAAACGAAUAUAAAAGUACAGAAAAACAAUCAGACCAAGCAUUACUAACAACUGGCAUGCGAGCAAUCCGAAAUUCUGCAUUUUUCAUUAAGUGUGAAGAUCAUAAAAACUUUAAUAAUGUAUUGAUAGAAUUAAGAUCAGUUGAGUUUUGUAACAUUUCUAUGUCAAAAUAAUAUAUUAAUAAAAUGGCAUUUGACAUAAACGGUGGAUGCUAAAAAGCAUUCAAUCAGAUAUGAUAUUAAAAAUCAAGGAAUAAAUUAAAAAACAAA